AUGACGAUGAUGCCAGCGAACGGCGUUGCCCGUGCAGUUUCCCCACUUGGUAGUCGACGUGCAGCCAGAUUCCGCGUUGCCAAAUGGUUAAGGGCCCCUUCCGAGGAUGAUGGGCCAGAACGUCUCAAAAAGAUUCUCGCGCUCAAAGCCGUCGCACAAGGCCUGGUCUGCAUUAACCAGCCAUUCGACUAUUCAAAAGUGGUUGCGCAGCAGCAUGGGCUCAAGGGCUUCUUCAAGCCCUCACCGCAGCCGCGUGAGGGCGGGAUUUACAUGGCGCCUGAAACAGCCAAUAAUGCUAAGUACAGAAUGGACGGCAAAGUCAUCAUCUUGCCACCUGCCAUUAGAGGAUGCAAAAAUGAUUCAUGUUCUGGUUCCGCGCUCUUUGAAGCUGUUGGUUAUUAUCCACAAUUCCUAAAAAAUGUGCUUGGACAAGACCGCCAGUCCCGCUUCCCGUGUGUUCUCAUGGUUGAUUCAGGCGAAACCAGCAUGAGUGCUGUGUCUAGCCUGGAUGCUUUCAGGAAAGGCAUCCAGUGGAUGGAAACGCACUAUGAGUCGCUCCCUUCCCUAGCCCCAGCAGCAGAUCGCGCAUUUCCCUAUCCAAAGACAAGACAGGCCGGGAUAUCGGCUUCAUGUAUCAGUCACGAGUUGGGGGAAAGCUUCGUUAGCCCUGAAGAAUGCCUGCAUAUCAAGUUCGCGAAGCGCUAUUCGGAAGAGGCCUGCCGAUUACUCGCCAACCUGGGACAUGCACCCCAGCUUUGGGGGGUGACUUCACUUCCUGGAAGUUGGCUUGUGGUUAUCGUGGAUUUUUCGCGAUAUCGCCCACUUUCUGACAUCACCAUACUCUCAAAUGACAAGCGAAAACUCGUGAAAUCUAACGAAAUAUCGUGCAAACGCUGCACAACGAUAUUCGAGACAUUACCAUUCUUGUUGACCCUGACACGCUGGCUAUCCAUCUGUUAUAUUUUGAUUGGGCAGGAACAUACCAGAAAGUCAGAUACCCAGGACAAGUUAAUACUGUUCAACGACCAGCUGGUGUAUCGGUUUCACUUUCGCUGUGGAGUAUGGUUUGGUAGGGGUGUCGAAGUUCGCGAGAAACCGGUUCGAACCGGAACCGAACCCGGAACUAAACUGCAGUUCGGUUCUGGUUCUCUAACUGGAACUCGAACGGUCAUGGGCCACUGGACUGGAGCACGAAAAAAAAAAAGAGAGAAAGAAAGAAAACACGAAAACGAAAACAAACCAAGUGCACGUGCGAUUGCCAUGCUGGGCUUUGACAGCCGACAGCAAGUGGACGCCCCGCCAGCGUCACACGUCUCGACAUGGGUUUCGACCGUACUUCAGGCCAAGGCAAAAGCCGCUCCCAUUGCAGGCAAGCGCUUCGCCCCCCCCCUCUCCCCAUACAUGGAUCCCGAGCUG